UGUGUUGAGGCAGGAGAAGAGUCGGGGGGAGCAGGCUGGGCCCGGGCUGCGACCGCAGCCACGGGGCUGCGGGUCCCCAGCUCCACCAGCAGGAGCACUUGGAGGUAGAGGCAAGGUCUUGGCAGAGUGGCUGGCUGGACCGUGGCAGGAGCUGUGAACUCAGCCGUUGCUGAAAAUGUCUGACAGUCUGGAUAAUGAAGAAAAACCCCCAGCUCCCCCAAUGAGGAUGAACAGCAACAAUCGGGAUUCUUCAGCACUCAACCACAGCAGCAAACCACUUCCCAUGGCCCCAGAAGAGAAGAACAAGAAAGCCAGGCUUCGCUCUAUCUUCCCAGGAGGAGGGGAUAAAACCAAUAAGAAGAAAGAGAAAGAGCGCCCAGAGAUAUCUCUUCCUUCAGACUUUGAGCAUACGAUUCAUGUGGGGUUUGAUGCAGUCACCGGGGAGUUCACUGGAAUUCCUGAGCAGUGGGCUCGAUUACUCCAAACCUCGAACAUAACAAAACUGGAACAGAAGAAGAACCCUCAAGCUGUUCUAGAUGUUCUCAAAUUCUAUGAUUCCAAAGAAACAGUCAACAACCAGAAGUACAUGAGCUUUACAUCAGGAGAUAAAAGUGCGCAUGGGUACAUAGCAGCACACGCUUCGAGUACAAAAACAGCAUCAGAGCCUCCAUUGGCUCCCCCUGUAUCUGAAGAGGAAGAUGAAGAAGAAGAGGAGGAAGAAGAUGACAAUGAGCCCCCACCAGUUAUUGCACCAAGACCAGAGCAUACAAAAUCAAUCUAUACUCGUUCUGUGGUUGAAUCCAUUGCUUCACCAGCAGUACCAAAUAAAGAAGUUACACCCCCAUCUGCUGAGAAUGCCAAUUCCAGUACUUUGUAUAGAAAUACAGACCGGCAAAGGAAAAAAUCCAAGAUGACAGAUGAGGAGAUUCUAGAGAAGCUAAGAAGCAUUGUGAGUGUUGGUGACCCAAAGAAAAAAUAUACAAGAUUUGAAAAAAUUGGUCAAGGGGCAUCAGGUACUGUGUACACAGCACUAGAUAUUGCAACAGGACAAGAGGUGGCUAUAAAGCAGAUGAACCUUCAGCAACAACCCAAAAAGGAAUUAAUUAUUAAUGAAAUUCUGGUCAUGAGGGAAAAUAAGAACCCUAAUAUUGUUAACUAUUUAGACAGCUACUUAGUGGGUGAUGAACUAUGGGUAGUUAUGGAAUACUUGGCUGGUGGCUCUUUAACUGAUGUGGUCACAGAGACUUGUAUGGAUGAAGGACAGAUAGCAGCAGUCUGCAGAGAGUGCCUCCAAGCUUUGGAUUUCUUGCACUCAAACCAAGUAAUCCAUAGAGACAUAAAGAGUGACAAUAUUCUUCUCGGGAUGGACGGUUCUGUUAAAUUGACUGACUUUGGGUUCUGUGCCCAGAUCACUCCUGAACAAAGUAAACGAAGCACUAUGGUGGGAACACCCUAUUGGAUGGCACCUGAAGUGGUAACGCGAAAAGCUUAUGGUCCAAAAGUUGACAUCUGGUCUCUGGGAAUUAUGGCAAUUGAAAUGGUGGAAGGUGAACCCCCUUACCUUAAUGAAAAUCCACUCAGGGCAUUAUAUCUGAUAGCCACUAAUGGGACCCCAGAGCUCCAGAAUCCUGAGAGAUUGUCAGCUGUGUUCCGUGACUUUUUAAAUCGCUGUCUUGAGAUGGAUGUGGAUAGGCGAGGAUCUGCCAAGGAGCUUUUGCAGCAUCCAUUUUUAAAAUUAGCCAAGCCUCUCUCCAGCCUGACUCCUCUGAUUAUUGCUGCAAAGGAAGCAAUUAAGAACAGCAGCCGCUAGGACUUCAAGCCUUACCCUCUCCAUCUCCCUCAUGAGUAAGACUGAAAUAAAACUGCUGCAGGAAAGAUGAAGACAAGACAGUCAAAGGGGGUGGGGAGUUCUUUAACUUUCAAAUGAAUAGAUACUUCUUAUAAGCCUUUUUUCCUACUCCCUCAGACUAUGUAAUUUAUUUGUAAGCCUGAACCGCAGCCCCAUCGGGGCAGCAAUGUCGAAGUGACUAUCAAGUGGUCACUUCUACCGUGAAGCGAAAGAGCCAGUAGUGAAUCCCCUCAUCUUGUGCAUUCACUUUGAAGAAAAAUAUUUCUCAAAGAUGCACACUCCCUCUUCAUAGUGUUGUGUUUGUUUUUAAGUUAGAGAGUAGUCCCUCUUGCAUUCAAACCUCCUUCAAACCCCUUACCCAAUGUGAUGUUUUCACUUGCAUUGUCAUUAGAUGUCCAGAAAAAAUAUGUCAAAUGUUUUUU